UCUCUAUAUAUAGAACUCAAACUUACAUCUUCAAUGCCACACAAGAGAGUAAACGACCUUACAAAUAAACACAUUUUUAUGUUUGUGUAUGUUUGUUUUUUGUUUUUUUAAGUUCAAGAGAGACUACUACAAAGUUAUAGUGAUGAUGAUGAAGCAAGUGAUAGUUGGAGUAAUUUUGGUUGCCUUUUUAAUGGUUUUUUUGGACUCCACACAAGUAGGAGCGACGAGGCUCUUACGAAUUAACUUCGAUACUGAUAUCCGGUUCGUGUUUGAGUCGUUACAGAAGGGUGCGGUCCCUGGGUCUGGUCCUAACGAAUGCUCUAACAUACCCAAAGGUAGCCCAGGCUCGUGCCACGGAUGAUCUCUCUCACGUGAAGCUUUAUCCCAAUACCCAAAUCUGGUCUAUGGGUGGAGUUGGACUAUUUAUUUAUUUAUUCAUUUUUCUUGUACACGAGAAAUCAUACUUUUAACUUUUCUUGUAACAACAGAGCUAUGAAAGCAAAUACAUGUUUCAUUGGCUUAUAGAAAUUACGAAAGUUAAUAAAAAUUUAUUUGCAAA